AUGUAUCUUCGCGCCGUCCACGCCGAGGGACAACUCGCCGUCCUCCAGCAAUUCAUCCGUGAUAACCCACUCGGCAUCAUAACAACGGCCAUCAAAUCCCCGAUCUACUCAUUCAUCCAAUCAAGCCAUGUCCCCUUCGUCCUCGAUGUACCUCCCUCGACCGAGGGCGAUGACACAGCCCCGACCGGCAUCCUGCGCGGCCACAUGGCCAAACAGAACCCACAAGCAAAAGCCUUGAUGGAAGCCCUCGCUGAGCAAAACGCAGCAGGGAAUAACAAAUUCGAGCUCACGGAUGAGGUGCUGAUCCUAUUCAACGGCCCCCACCACCACUACGUGACGCCCAAGUUCUACACAGCAACCAAGCCAGUCUCUGGCAAGGUCGUCCCGACGUGGAACUACUCCGCCGUGCAGGCGUAUGGCAAGAUUAGUGUGUACUGCAAUUCCAAGGCAGAAGAAACGGGUGCGUUUUUGCAAAAACAGAUUCAGGACCUGUCGCGGCAGUCUGAAGAGGGCAUUAUGGGGUAUACUGGGGGUGAUAAGAAGAGCGCAUGGAAUGUAUCCGAUGCGCCGGUUAAUUAUGUGGAGCUUUUGAAGAAGAAUAUUCUUGGCAUUGAGAUUCGUGUUGAGCGAUUGCAGGGGAAGUUUAAGAUGAGUCAGGAGAUGGGCGAAGGGGAUCGGGAGGGGGUUGUGCAAGGGUUUGAAGAGUUGGGGUCGGACGUUGGGAGGGGUAUUGCUGAUUGUGUUAGGGAGCGUGCUGCCAUGAAGGAUCAGCAGAAAGUGGUGUAA